AUGGGAAAACCAACUUCCGAAAACAGCAUCAGCAAUGAGAAAGACAUUAAAACCAAUAAACCUUCUGUUAAAGAGGUUAUUAGUAACUUCUGUGGCUAUACGACGGCACAUGGCCUUGGAAGACUGGCCGAUGGUGGUGGGAUAUUCCGUCGAGUAUCAUGGACUCUGUUUUGUGUGGGUGCUAUGGCGAUGUUCAUAGUUCAGACCAAAAAUUUAUUUGUUAUUUACCUCAGCCGACCUGUGACAACUGUGGUUACUGUCAACCACGAAAGUCAUGUCAAAUUUCCAGCUGUGUCCAUCUGCAACCUUAAUAUGAUUCGCUAUGAUAAACUCCCCUAUGGCUUCAUAGAUGAAAUUUUGGAGCAUUUGAGAUUGGAAGAGGAAAAUGAAAGUGGAGGUUCGAGAACCUCUCAAAAUGCAUUAAGUUCUGGUGACUUACCAACUGAUACCACUGGUGUCCUUACCGAUGGUUCGGAAGACGCUACUGCUGACUCGACUCACACUUCUGAUGUUCCCAAUGUUGUAACACAAAGCGUUACGACGAACUCUCAGACAGCUUCUCCAGGUGACUCAACUGAUGCCUUCACUAGCGUUCCGGGAGUAAAAAUCACGCACGGUUCCUCAAAAGACCCGAAUGAUGCCAUUGAUGUUCUCACUGGUUUUCCAGAAGACCCAACAAUGUACCCCUCGAGUAAUGACGACUACAACUACGAUCCAAACUAUUUUUACGACUACGACUACUUUGGCUAUGACUAUUUCUAUCUAGGUGGGCCUGAAGAGACCAAAGAGGAGGAAUACAGGGUCGAAGAAACUAUCCGUGCUGAGAUAGCAAUGAAAAAUGAUUCCGAGACUUACCAUAUGGGGCACCAGUUUGAGGAUUUGGUGUUUGAGUGUUCAUUUAGAGGAUAUGAUUGCAGUAACUAUUCACUUUAUUGGAGGCAUUUUUGGGAUCAUCGUUACGGAAACUGUUUCACAUUUAACGGUGGCACUGAUGACAAUGGAGAAAGACAGAAGACUAUGAUUUCCCACGUCACUGGACCAGCUGGAGGGUUGAAGCUUAACCUGUUUAUAGAGCAGUCACAGUACAUUGCAGAACUCAGUGAUACUGCUGGAGCUAAAGUUGUGAUUCAUGACCAAGGCCAAAUACCCUUCCCCAAUAACGAGGGGUAUAGUGUGUUACCAAGCCGCUCCACCGCGUUUGCCUUGACAAGGAAAGUCAUCGAACGGGUUGAUCCUUUCGGUAACGGCAGUUGCCAGCCUGAGAAGAGAUUAAAUCGCGACAACAUGUAUGCCAAAAAAUUCAAUGUCUCUUACUCCAGACAGGCUUGUUUAGAUUCUUGCCAGGCCGAAAAACAAGUUGAAGAAUGUGGAUGUGCUAGUGGCCAGUUUCCUUCCCAUUCAGAUAUUUGUAAUUUAAGGAACUCGACAACAGCGAAAUGUCUAGAAAUGAUACAACUCAAGUUGGUGACUGGGGAACUGAACUGCGAGAAGAAUUGUCCUACGCCUUGCAGUGAAAUUCAGUUCAUGGCCACUCUUUCAAUGGCGCAAUAUCCUGCCUAUUUCUACGAGGCAAUACUUGAGUCACGUGUGAAGAAAAAGACCUCCAUUUAUAACGAGUUGUACAAUGGAUUUAAUCUAAACGAAAACUUUGCACAAGUGAAAAUAUACUACGAGCAGCUAAAUUACCAAAAGGUCUCUGAAAGAAUAAGCUAUAAGGGUGUUAAUCUCGUCGCUGAUAUAGGAGGUCAGCUUGGCCUUUGGAUUGGUAUAUCAGUGCUUACGUGUUGCGAGUUUUUGGAAUUGGCAAUAGUAUUAAUACAAACCGCUAUCGGGCGUAUGAGACGACGAAAACGUAUUCACGUUCAACCUUAA